CCUAUCUUUGGUUGGAGACAGGGUGGAUUUCACUAGAAAAAGAUUUCUGGUUAGAGCCUUUCCCAGGGGAGUACGCCAUAGAAACAAAAUAGCCUAUUUUUGGUUGGAGACAGGGUGGAUUGCUGUAGAAAAACACUUCUGUUUUGAGUCUUCCCCAGGCGGAGACAGUGGACAUUACGGUGAAAAUGGCUUCGUUGGCUGAACCUGUCAGACUGGAAAGAGACAUCUCUCGGGCCAUCGAGCUGUUAGACAAGUUACAGAGGACUGGUGAGGUUCCACCCCAGAAACUCCAGGCACUGCAGAGGGUCCUCCAGAGUGAAUUCUGCAAUGCUGUGCGAGAGGUGUAUGAACAUGUGUAUGAGACGGUGGACAUUAAUAGCAGCCCGGAGGUCAGAGCCAAUGCUACUGCUAAGGCCACAGUGGCAGCGUUCGCAGCGAGCGAGGGGCACUCCCACCCCCGGGUCGUGGAACUUCCCAAGACCGAGGAGGGCCUGGGCUUCAACAUCAUGGGGGGGAAGGAGCAGAACUCCCCCAUCUACAUUUCCCGCAUAAUACCUGGCGGGAUUGCGGAUCGGCAUGGUGGCUUGAAGAGGGGGGACCAGCUACUGUCCGUCAACGGAGUGAGCGUGGAAGGCGAGCAUCACGAGAAGGCUGUGGAGCUCCUGAAGGCCGCGCAGGGCACGGUCAAGCUGGUGGUGAGGUACACCCCCAAGGUGCUGGAGGAGAUGGAGUCUCGCUUCGAGAAGAUGAGGUCCGCCAAACGCCGACAGCAGAAUAGCUAUCCCCAGUAGCGUCCUCGCCCCGGCCGCCGGAUUCCUCGCCCCCCCCCCCCCCCCCUCCCCCGCCUUUUCCCCUUGCCUUCCUCCUCAGGCUGUCUCUCUGUUCCUCCACCCACUCUGCCUCUACUUCACUCUUCUUUGUCCCCUCUUCAACACUUUGGCAUGUUAUUCAACUGUCGCAACACAUAACAAUUUUUCUAAUGUACCCACUAAUGUACCCUCUUACCUUCACAUAUUAUGUGCAUUGAUGCCAAUGCCUCUGCCUUGGAAUAUGUACUUGGGAAUUUAAAGAGAAUUUUGCUGAUAACUGUUUCUUGGAAUUAUAUGAAUCUUCAGAAUGAGUUUUAAAUUAAGGCUCAGUACCACAUUUGCUGGAUACCUAAGGGGAAAAGGGGUUUUUAAUCAAUGUAUUUAACUUUGUUCUGGAAUGUAUUCGAACAACAAUAACUAAAAAGGAAGCUCAGAUUUAGCACUUUUUACAACCUAAGUAAAAAUAAAAAUAGUCAGAGCAUAUGAAUAGUUCACCUGGCAGCAAACAGAAUUUCACUGAAUGUUACUAGGGAAAUGAAGAUUGAUCUGAAUUUUUAUCUGUUUUUUCAAAUCUUUUUUAUGAUUAUUGUGCUUUUUAACCUUGGAGAUUGCAACUGUCCCUUUCUGGAUACAUGUUGAGAAGGGUGAGAUAGGCCUGUACAGUUUCUGUUGUAAUCAUACGCUGUAGAAUGUCUUCAUGGUCUAUUUUAUUUUCCACAUAAAUGCAUAAUCUGUUGUGUUUUUGGUGCUUCAUUUCCAUAUCCACUACUAUAGGCGUUUCUUAAUUCUAAAAAAAUGACACUAAAAGGAGAACACAAAAUGGAUGCUAUUAGCUAAUUGAUUCGAUCAAACGACUAAGGAUGUAGGACAAAACGUCUGCUUUAUCAGGGCCAUUUUUCUGAGAAGGAACUGGCAAUUAUACUGUGCUUCAGAAAUACUGUGCAGAGGUUCAAUGGAAAAAUGGACUGACAUUUCAGACCGGUACGAUUCCUAUAAGAUGGUUUCAUCACUUUGUUUAAUUAAACACUAUGAGCGUUUGCAUGCAUUGUAAAUCCAGUGAAUCUGCUGGAAGAGAGGAAUGAAUUGGUGUAGGAAAAAUAAAUGUAAUCAACAUCUGAGUUUAGGAACUAGUGCAAAAGCAGGAGGGACUUGGUGAAACUCAUAACUAUGUCAUGUUAUGAACUGCCAUCCCAACAAAUCUGCAUUUAAAGAGAAUGAAGAACUCGUAAAUGCAGCACGGUUUUGCGAGAUGAAAAUUACAAGAUAUUACUGAGUUCCUGCUGUCAACCAGUCACAGCUUCUACUGCGUGUAAAGCAUUUACCAGUUUUCUUUCGUAAGUUUAAACUAAAACUAGAUAUCCGUUUGGAGAUAUUGAAUCUGAUUUAAAUUACCAGAUAGUCACCCUGGUAAUCUGGUAAUUUAAAGUUAAACAGCUGAUUAUUUAUCAAAUGAUAUAUUUUGUUCUGUCCAUGUAUUUAAAUGUGGUGUUAAAGUACAGUUUUUUUUGGCUGAGGACUAGUGCAGAUAUGAAGUUCAGGUUGCAUGUUUUUUUAAACCGCAUCUGACAAAAAUGAUGCUGUUCUGUUGCAAAAAACAAAAAACCAAGACAAUUAUCAAAACACUAAUGAUAAGAUAUCAAUGAUGUUUUAUAAGACUUUGUAAAACAAAAGCCCUUUAUUAAGCUUGUGCUGCUAUAUAUAUAUAUAUAUAUAUAGUACCUGCUUCAAGAUUUGAACAAUGUUGUGGAGCGCGUUUUCCCAGGUUGAUUGGAAGAGAGAGCAGUGAUGUAACGUGAUGGUUAGGGAACUGGGCUUGCCACUCAAAGGUUUGGGUUUGAUUCCCGGCUAGGCGCUGCCGGUAUAACCUUAAGCAAGAUGCUUAACAUAAAUUGGUUCGGUAAAAUAUCUGGCUGUAUGUAACAAAUGCUAUCUGUUUAAUUCGCUCUGGAUAAGAGUGUCUGUUAAAUGGCUAAAUGUAAUGCACUCGGUUAACUGAACGUACAUGCUUGGAUUUAUGUAUCGUUGGUCUAAUUUGUUACUCACUCUUUACACAUCAGAAGCGUUUGCUUUUCCUUUGACCAAUUCAUGCACAGGACUCUAUUGAUCAAGAUAAAAUGAUGAUCACAACCAUAAAAUCAUGACUGUUGAAAUUUAUAUUUAUUUACAGGAGAACUGAAAUAAGUGUGCCAUCUUUAAUCCAUCAUUUUUGAAUAAAGGAAUUGCCUCCAAGUCUGGUUUGAAGAACGGGUUACUUCAGAAAUGUUAUGAGGCAUCCGAUGUUUUAUGGCUAGCUACAUGUGCCGAGUGGCAUUAAACAAUUUGAAUGACCUUGUAGCUUGUGUCGUUAGUGCUCAAAUUAGAGGUCUGUAGCCUGACCUGAACCCAACCUUGCCGGGAGGUAUUCUGUGAUUUUCGGGUAUUGGUCUUUUUUUCUUCUUCUUUUUUUUUUCAAGCUCUGUGACAUCAGGUCAGGUACAGGCCAAAUGCUGUCAACUCAUAAUUUUACAAAUAGUUGUGUAAGCCAGCUGUUAACAACAAUUGACAAGAAUGGCACAGAGCUGACUAGCCUGUUCUGGUCAUUUCAAACAUUAAACUAAAAAUGAUUCCCAUUUGACGAACCUACUUCAUGCAAACACAUACUGAAAAAAAUAAAAAGUUGCUUCUGUUGCAGAGGUGCAAGUGAGAAACUUAAUGUCACAUUAACAGAAGGAGAAAUGUUUAAAUAAGAAGCGUGAAAGCUCAUGUACAGCAGUUUUAAAUUGGUUAGUUGAGCAUAAUGUUAAAAACUGUAGAAUGGUAGAAGCUUUUAUUUGCGCGAUUGUUGUCAAUUGUUGUUAACAGUUGGUGGAAGUGUUACAGUUAACAGCUGGUGGAAGUGUUACUGUCCCCCAUCUCUGAUCCGCGAUCGCAAACAACUUCGUUAGCAGCUUUCCUGUGGGAAACACUGCAUUAUUUUCGAUUGUGAUGUAUGGAGUUGUUGGCUUAUUUCAGCGAUCGGUCUCUAUUGGGUUCCGGCUUCGAAUUUGGUUAGAGCUUAUCUGGCUGGUUCGGUUUGAGCUGUAAAGACGUAGGCAGGCUUGGCCCUUAUUUCUAGCCUGAUACAGACCUCUAGCUCAAAUCAUUCAAAAUCUAUGUUUAGUCUGUUUUCACGUUUCCUUUGGGCCCAUUUUGUGUUGUUUUUAGUGGGAGAGAGAAAAUGCUGACUGGAAGCUAUAGCCAUCUUUCUUUAGGGUAAAAGAAUAGGAAAUUAUUAGGAAGGGAUCAGAUGGACUAGCCAGUGUGUAGCUUUCUAAAUGUGUCAAGUGGAAAUUCUGUUAGAUACUGUAUAUAAAAAAAUAAUUGCAUUAUAUGUACUGCCUUUUGAAAUGUUUUUACAACUAGACAAUGAACUUAAAAAAAAAAAAAAAAAAAAAACUUUUGUCCUUGCCUGGAAUGUUUUUUGACAUAUAAUGUUGAGCUGUUAUUAAUUAAAGAAAUUAAUCUCUUAACUGAACAAUCCUAUGCAAGAAACAUCACAUUAGAAUGAACAACAGUUUUUUAUGUAGAUUUCAUUCAUUCUGACUAUUGUGUCGCCUCAGCUUUCUCGGAAAUGAGCACAGAAAAUUAAGCAAUGCAGGACAUCUAUUUUUACUCUGAAAGGCAGGUGUUUUAAUGUCUGGCAAGUUCAAAAAAGCCAGUCUGGAUUUUUCCCUCAUGUUCAUAAAACAUUUAGUAAUGUUCUAAAUUUAACAUGUCCCAUAAAUCUUUCACAGUGCUCACUUAAAAGUAUACUUGGGUUGUUUUUUUUUUUUUUUUGCAAGAAGCCUCUUUUUUUCUUUUCUUUUUUCUUACAAAAAAUGCAGUGAACUAAAAAUGUCUUUCUUUUGAUGAAUUUAGGACUGACAUGUUAAGAAGCAUUGCUUUUUUGAGACUUGGCAAAUCCAUAUGAUCGUUAUGGCCUUCACAGAACAGGUAGUCUGAUGGGCUUUCUUCUAAUGUCACACAAAAGAGCAAUAAAGGUUGGGCUUUCUUUUGUUGUACAACCUUUUGUUUUUAUAAUCUCUUUUUGAUAACUGGUUUUUGUGGGAAAUUUUCAAACAUUGUAUGUAUUUCUGUCCUCAAUGCAUUAUCCAUUUCGAGUAACAAGACCAAACUUUAAAUGAUGUAUUUUGUGUUCAGUCUGUUCAUUUGGACUGUUAUUUAAACCAUUGCUGUGAUCUCUUUAAAUUUUCUCUUUCAUGUUUUCUGUGUAACACUGAAGUAAAUGUAUAAAUUACCUAAAAUGCUAAACUGAUUAGAUUGCAUGAUUCACACAAUAAAUUAUCCAUCAUAGAAA